AUGAUGUCCGCAUCCGACUCCGAGGCCUCUGGGGGCCCUCUUCAGCCGCUCAUGGUCCAGUACGCGCAGGCACAGCGCCAGUACCAGCAAUGGCUCGACAAGGUGACGCCCUUCGUCCUUCAACGCUGGUUGAGCACCGCCGGAGUACUCGCUUUGUUCAUGCUGCGAAUCGUCUUCGCGCAAGGGUGGUAUAUUGACGCCCACGCUAUCUACCUCCUCAACCUCUUCCUCGCCUUCCUCCAACCACGGUUCGACCCUUCGCUGCAAGAUGAUCUGAUGGCGGACGAGAUUGAAGAGGGUGGAGAGGCGACCUCGCCCCUGCCGUCGAACCGCGACGACGAGUUCCGCCCGUUCGUGAGGCGUCUGCCAGAGUGGCAGUUUUGGCUUUCCGCCACUCGCGCCACCGUGAUUGCGCUGUUCUGCACCUUCUUCGAGGCGUUCGACGUCCCGGUCUACUGGCCCAUCCUGGUCGUCUACUUCUUCGUCCUCUUCGCCCUCACCAUGCGCAGACAAAUACAACACAUGAUCAAGUACAAGUACGUGCCUUUCGAUAUGGGCCGGAAGGUGCGCUACGGCGGCGCGGGGCACCGAUGA